CCGGAAGCGGCUUGGUGGAGCGGACCCUGGCGGGCCUGGGAACCCAGGCUCGGCGGAGGUGGCCAGGUUUCUGGUACCCACGUGGAAGACCUGAUGGUCAGACUCUGGUUCCUUCAGUGCCUACCUCCACUCUUUGGGCUGAGACCACAUCCACCACAACCACCAGAACUUCCAAGUUGGGGGGCUAGGAAGAUGUGAAAGAAGAGACAUUUCCAGGCUCCCCCAUGCCACUUUUCCUGGGCUUCUUACUUGUCUUCUUGAUUGGCUCUUCUUGAGACUCCAGGUCCAAGACGCAAGAUGGCAGCUGGGUCAAAUGGGCAUGAAGAGUGGGUGGGCAGUGCAUACCUGUUUUUGGAGUCCUCACUAGACAAGGUGGUCCUGUCAGAUGCCUACGCGCACCCCCAGAAGAAAGUGGCAGUAUACAGGGCUCUGCGGACUGCAUUGGCAGAGAGCUCCCAGAGUCCCGAUGUGCUACAGAUACUGAAGAUCCACAGAAGUGACCAGCAGCUGAUCAUACAGCUGCGUUUCUGCGGGCGCCAGACUUGUGGUCGUUUCCUCCGCGCCUACCGUGAGGGGGCGCUGCGUGCCGCGCUGCAGAGGUGCUUGGCGGCGGCUCUGGUCCAGCCCUCUCUGAGGCUGCAGCUGGAGCUGCGCGCUGGGGCUGAGCAACUGGAUGCUUGGCUGACUGAUGAGGAGCGCUGUGUGCAAACCAUCUUAGCCCAGAAGCCGGACCGGCUCCGGGAUGAGGAACUCAUUGAGCUGGAGGAUGCGCUCAGCAAUCUGAUGUUGGGCUCGGCGGGCCAGGGUGGCAACGCGGGGGUCACUCCAGCCCCUUCGCAGUCCCUGGCCCCCUCUCCAUUGGAGGAGAAGUCACUGCCGUCGGCUGGCCAGACCUUUCUGUUCCGAGGUCAAUCCAUAGUGAACCGGCCGCUGAACCUGCAGGACCAACAGACCUUCGCACGCUCAGUGGGCCUCAAAUGGCGCAGGGUGGGGCGCUCCCUGCAGCGUGGUUGUCGGGCACUGCGGGACCCUGCUCUCGACUCACUGGCCUAUGAAUACGAGCGCGAGGGGCUGUAUGAGCAGGCCUUCCAGCUGCUGCGGCGCUUCGUGCAGGCGGAGGGUCGCCGUGCCACGUUACAGCGCCUGGUGGAGGCCCUCGAGGAGAACGAGCUCACCAGUCUGGCAGAAGACCUGCUGGGCCUGGCGGAUCCCAACAGUGGCCUGGCCUAGGCCGGGUGCCAAGGAAGUGCAGUCAGCCAGGAGUCCAGCCAGGGUUUGGAGCACCUGGAUGGAUCUAGGGUUCCAUCUACUGCUACUGAUAACUGCUGAUGCCUCCCGCUUCCAUCCAAGGGACUCUGAGACCACACUUAACAGCUCCACUUCACUGAGCAGCUGGUGGUGAAGCUGACUGGCUUCCCAAUGCAUCAGACAAACACCUCGGAGCCUGCAGGGUGCACCAUGGUGAUUCUGCCCCAGAGUCUUUGAUGGAGACAGUGUGGAUGUCUUCCUUUCUGGCUGGCCCUCACCUCUUCAUUCAUAGAAAAAUGAACCACCUGGAAUUUCCAUGUCCUAGGUAUCAACCCUCGUGCUGCAAAAACUGGUGAGCAAGACACAUGAAUCCUUUCUACCCCCAGCUCACAGCUGGAAGUGGUAAUAAAGUGUGACACUUUUGCA